AUGACAUCCCUCGUUGCAUACGGAAGUGACAGUGAGCAAAGCGGAGGCGAGGAAGAAGACUUUUUCGGAAAACCAGCUGUAGAAGAAAAAGAACAAGAAGAAACAGUCGAAAAUACAAAGAGAGAAACAGAACCAAAUCAAGAAGAAAAUCCAACAACUUCUUCUUCAUUUUUCUUCUCCGAGGGUGCUGAGGAAGGAUCAAGUGAUUCAGACGAUGACGAAGGAGAACAAGCUGCUCCGAAGAAAAAACGACGACCUGGAGAGUCGGUGACUGAGUUGGACAAAGAAUUUACAAGUUCAAUUUUUGAUAACGAUUAUGCACGAGAAGAACGAAUGAAUACAAAUAUGCUGAGCCGGCAUGUGAAUCUAUCGGAAAAGCCAGCAGAGAAGGAACGUAAGAAGUCGAAAUUCACUUGCAAAAACUAUCUCAAAGGAAAAUGUAGAUUUGGCGAUAAAUGCCGCUUCUCCCAUCCUGUUCAUAAUCGAUCUUCUGAAGCUGUCAACGACGUCACGAUCUCAUCCGAAGCGAAAUUCUACACUACAGAGACUCCAGAAGCACAAGUGUUCCACUCAAAGAAGUUCAAGUCUAGUGCUGGUCAAUAA